UCGACGCCAUUUUGUUUUUCAAUUUUUGCUGGCCGCGUUCGAGUGUGCUUGUUAAUUUUUAUUUGAAUAUUUCCUCGCGUAAUAAUAGAUUGAAAAGGUGUUGUUUAGCUUUCUUUUGUGCUACAAAGCUGCGUGAUCGUCAUGUCUGAUCGUGAGAGGAGUCGCUCCAGGACCCGUAACGGUUCGCGGGAGCCCCCGCCGAAGCCGCCGACGAUGUCGCGCGGUCACAGCAGAAGCCGGUCGAGGACGCCACCCCCGCCAAAAUCAUCGAGCAGGAAGUACCGCAGCCCGUCCCCCGCCGCUCGAUCCCGGUCUCGCUCGGGGUCGGCGCGGCGCGGGUACAGGUCGCGCUACUCCCGCAGUCGCUCGCGCUCGUACUCGCCGCGCGGCUCCUACCGCCGCAGCCACAGCCACAGCCCCAUGUCGAGCCGCCGGCGCCACCUAGGCGACAGGGUAACGUCUUAUGAAAACCCUACACCGUCCAGGUGCCUGGGAGUAUUCGGACUCAGUCUGUACACAACUGAACAGCAAAUAAACCACAUCUUUUCCAAAUACGGACCCGUCGAGAAGGUGCAAGUCGUCAUUGAUGCUAAAACGGGCCGCUCCCGAGGCUUCUGCUUCGUGUACUACGAGUCUCAGGAUGACGCGAAGGUGGCCAAGAACGAGUGUACCGGCAUGGAGAUUGACGGGCGGCGCAUCCGCGUCGACUUCUCUAUUACGCAGCGCGCGCACACGCCCACGCCUGGUAUCUACAUGGGGAAGCCUACGAGUGUCAGCCGAGGCGACAACGGAUACGACAGACGCGGGCGCGACAGAGAUGACUACUACUACCGCGGCGGCGGCGGCGGCGGCGGCUACCGAGACCGCGACUACUACCACCGCGGGUACCGGCACCGCUCGCCUUCGCCGCACUACCGGCGCUCGCGCCGUUACGAACGUGAGCGAUCCUACUCACCCCGUCGUUAUUAGUAAGUUCGCGAUGCUGAGUACUUCUUCAGACAUAGAUUUUGAUACACCACACCCCAAAAUGUCUCCGGCCUCCUUUAUGCAUUUACUUAUGUUGUACCUGUAAGGGCCGGAUUAGAUAUUAUAAUGAUUGUUAAUGAAUUGGAAGUGUAAUUAAAGCGAGAUUGGGGCCGCUCGCUGCGGCCGCGCUCGGUCUGGCCUCAGAGUCAAAUUCUUUAUGUUUUAUAGACGUGAUACAAAGGGUCUAGAUAUAAGUUAGUAUGUAAUCGCCCCUUGCGGGGCGUAGUUGCCUCUAGGAUGUAAAAUUAGUACUAAUAAAGUUUUAACACUAAGUCUAAUAUUGAUUUUGUUUGUUUGAAAAGGUAUUGAAACAAGAAGUAAAGGAUGAAGUUCCUUGAAACUAACUGUUGAAGUUUUGAAAAUGUUUGCUUGAAAAGUCCUUUCGAAAAUGGCGGUUGCCGAAAACCCCGACCGGCCGGUGAUUGCCGAAAAGAAAAUGUCGGUGGCGAAGCGAAGUUUUCGGAAAAUUCUUGGCAUUGUCGAAGCGAAAAGAAUAUGAUCAAGUUCCCCGUUAGGGAGGUCCGAAGCCCAAGCUCCAAGACACUUGAAGAGAGAAGCGCGCCUAGAUCAUAUUCUUUAUCUUCCGACUCGAACACUUUACACCUUACCUACAAGCUUUGAUAAAUAUCCGAGUGAUACUUUGCGUUUUCCAAUCACAGUAUCUAUGUAUGUACCUAUCUGAUGUCGAGUCAGUGGCGACACAUUCACAUUAUUUUUAGUUUAGUUUUGUGAUCAAUUGUUAAUAAACAAUAGUUAAUGUCA